AUAAAAAAAAGAAUCAAAGAAUGUUUUUAAUCUGGGAAAAACAAACUUUAACGUAUUUUGAUAAAGGUUAAAAAAUGGUAAUUAGAAGAAAAAAGAAAAAGAGAGCGAUGUUAAUGGCGAUGAGCUUAUUGGGAUUUGUUAUAUAAAAAAAACAGAUUGAAAGAUAAGAGAAGAAGAGAGAGAGGUACCUCUUGCUUCUUCUUUCUCUCACGCACCUCUUUGAAGAUUCUUCUUCUCUUACCUUUUGGAUUCGUCUCUUCUUCUUGAUUUUGAGUUUGAUUCUAAUUUUGGAUCCAGAGGGUUUAUUUAUGUGAAUGAUUCCGAUUUUGGGGAACUUGUUCGUCUGAAAUGUUUUGUUGAACCGGUUGCGUCAUCGGUGCGUCUUUUCAUGGUCGUUAAGAGUUUCAUGAUUGCAUCGGUGUUGUGAGUUUUACGAUGCUGUUGUUGUUGAUGAGCUGAUUUUUUUUUUUUUUUUUUCUGGUGAUUAUUUGUCUCCUAUGUGAAACAUUCUUAAGUAUUUUUGAUCAGAUUGAUUUGAUCACAAGUUUAUCCCGUUGCAAUCUCUCUGUUUCAUUUUGUGAACGCUCAUGUGGAUCAUUGAUUUGUUUGAUCACUUGUGGAAGAUUUUUUUCCCAGUGUUCGAUUAUUUGUAUUUUGCUUAACUUUUUUAUUAUAGUGAUGUUUGCUUGAAACUUAUAACACUUGAGAAUUUGUGAUGAUCAUUUUUGUUGGAAUGGCUGUUAUUGUAUGAACUCUUCUUCUUGCUUAGUAGUGUUAUUAAUAAUUUGGGUUUUAUGGCGUAUGUUUCCGGAUCAUGAUUUGUUUGAUCGUUUCUUAUUCUUGUAGCUGGAAUUAGUCAUAACUUCUUUUGACCAUUCCUGAUUAACUUCUGCACUUUGUGUUCUAUUGAUGAUUAAGGUUAACAGUCUAGCAGAACAAAUUUGGUUGUAUUUACUUACUGUGUCAUUGAUUCGCUUUCUCCGUUUUAUUUGUUUCAGGAAAGGGUAACUGCAAUGAACUCUGUAUCUGUCACCCUUGCAUUUCAUGUAACUUCAGACUGUUCUGCCGUAAACCAAUGUCGGAUAAAUGUUAAGUGUUUGGUUUCUUGUAUGCGGGUCAGUAAGCAAGCAAUGCACGAGUUGUGGAUGCCUGUGACUGAUACAUAAUUCUAGAUUUUUAUUUAUUGUUCUGUUAGAGAUAGAGUUAGUCAGUAUUGUUUAUUUUCAAGGAUUUGGUAGUUUCUAGGGAGUUUUUAGAUAAUUAGGGAUUUGGAAACUCACAUCUCAGAAGUGACCAUAAACCCUUUUACUUGAUAAGAGCAUUAGUUAUGGGUCUGCCACAGACUGCUUCAAGUGAACAAUCCCAGGAAGCUUUGUCUACUCCAAGUUGUAGCCUUUCGCAAAGUCUGCCUGUGUAUGCUACUUCCCAUGAUUCAGAUGUUCUUAACAGUGGAAGUGAGGAAGGAAUUUGCUCUUCCAUUGCAGAGUUUGAUAGAAAAACAUCAUUGGAGCCUCUGGAGUUCACUGAUGAUUCGUGUAGAUUCCGUGGGACUUGUGUUGUUACCUCAUCAAGUGCUCAUGGAUCGACUAGUUAUGCUGCAGGUAAGGUUAGUUCGAGUCUUACUGGAGCUAGAAGGAUAGUUGGUUUUGCGUCAGGCGAAACAAGCUCACUGGACAACAAACAAACGAGUGUCGCUGUUGAUCACUCUCUAUCAUCCACUGUUGGAGUUGCAGGAGUAGAUAUCGGUGGAGCAUUAGUCAGGAAACGAGUACUCUCCCCCUUAAAUACUCUUUUCCCUGUCAAAUUCAGAGGUGACCUGCAUGAUAUCAGCUGUGGUAACCACCAACAAAUUACUUAUUCUGGUCAGUCUAAUGGAUUCUGCAACUCUGUCGCACAAGAUCACAUAAAGGCUAAUACCCCUAGUAGGUUACAUCUCUCCACUACUCCUACAACCACAAGUUGCUGGGAGUGGAAGAAUGUCUCAAACAGUGGUAGACUCUCGUCUAUGGUCUUCACUGAUGGUCCAUUGCUUGACUCUGUAGAUCUCCGCCAACCCGUCAAAGGAGGUGAGGUUUGCUUAUAUUCCCCACUAUAUGAAACGUCUAGCACACCCAAUAAGCCCUUACCUUGUGAUAAGGAAAUAUCUGUCUCUCCGCCGCUUUGUCUGUCACCACUUGGUCCGAAGUUUUCUGAGAGAGUAAAAGCUGUAAGAAGUUGCCAAACUGGGAAAAUACUGGAAGAUUUAAGGAAUAUCAGUGAAGAAGCAGAAUUAAGAGUUGAUCGUAGAUUGUUUGAUGAUGCAUAUGCCAUUAGGAGAGCGUUUUCAAUGGAGAGAAGUACUGAAUCAGCUCCUGCAUCUCCAUGUAAAAGGUUCAUUAGAAGCUUGAGUGGACGGCCUAUUCAGAGGUCAUUGGUUGGUUCUUUUGAGGAGUCACUCUUGACAGGACGAUUGUCAUGCGGGCCAACAAAUCAGAAGAUUGACGGCUUUCUUGCCGUUCUUAGUAUUGCUGGGGGAAACAUCUCUCCAAAAUCACAGAAGCUUCCAUUCUCAGUAACUAGUGCUGGUGAUGAUUGCCUCUUGUUAUACUACGCCUCCAUAGAUCUCGCUGGAGGAUCUAAAUUGAACAAAUUCUGGGGCCAAAAAGUGAAAACAAGUCAAAUGAACUCUGAUGCCCAGAGUUCGAAGAGCCAACUGCGGAUCCCCAUGAAGGGUCGGAUUCAACUGGUUCUUAGUAACCCUGAGAAAACACCUCUUCACACCUUCCUCUGUAACUAUGACUUGACUGAUAUGCCAGCUGGAACAAAGACGUUCUUGCGCCAAAAGGUUACACUGGGAUCAUCUAAUCCAACUAGUGAAGCAACGCAAGAGAACACUAGAAAAGCCACAAGCUUGGAAAAAGAAAACUCUAAACAUGGGGACAAAGAGAGUUGUGAAGGAUCUGAUUCAGUAGAUUCAGUGGAAGGAGAUGUGUUGCAUGAAAGUGGAAAAAUCUGUUUAAAGCCGUCGAAAGAAUGUAACGGUGGUUCUGGUGCUCUACGCUACGCUCUUCAUCUGAGAUUUCUUUGCCCAUUACCUAAGAAAAGUUCAAAGAAAUCUGAAGAAACCGAAUCCACGGGGCAAAAGAAAAACUUGGAUUCAGAUGGGAAGAGGAGAUUCUAUCUGUACAAUGACUUAAGAGUCGUGUUUCCUCAACGUCACACAGAUUCCGAUGAAGGAAAGUUGAAUGUCGAGUACCAUUACCCUGAAAACCCAAGAUACUUCGACAUCACCGAGUGAGAACUUAACUUCAUGGUUACACAAGCUCAAUGAUUUUCUUGUUUAAGAAGAAAUCAAUGGACUUUUUCUGUACAUACAAAUUUAUAGUCACAAAUCAGAAUGGCUCUGACCCACUUUGUACAGUUUACCAUUUCCGGGUUCUCGUAAAACUGAAUAAUAAUAAAACCGAGUUUCAAAAGGGUUUCUUUUUGCUCAAGUUAUCUAUAAAACAAGCUGGUACGA